UCGCCACCGGCAUCAAGCGAUGGCUGCAACCAACGUCGGCUUAGCGGGCUUGCCGCAAUCAAGAACCGAUCACGAAUGAACCGGGCGAAUCUCUUUUCUCUCGUACUGCCUUAACGGCCUUAACUGCGAUAAGCGUUAACUGCGGACCAUUGCUAUCACGAUGGAUGUAGGCGAAGUUCGUAUUGCUGAUGAUCGAGAUUUCGAGCGUCUGAAGGCUCUGGCCGACAAGCAUGACGGCUGGAAAGUCGAGUACAAGAAGAAAGAUACGACCGUGUGGACUAAAUCAACGCAGCAGACUGAAUUCAAGAUGAUAAAGCUGCACACCGCGUACAAGGAUGUCAGUCCGCCUCUGCUCUUUGACGUGCUGAUGGAUCCACUGUAUCGAAAGAAGUGGGAUGUGUACAUGCUGGAGAGUCGUGACAUCGGAUCUUUGAAUCCUAACAAUGACGUUGGAUAUUACGCAGUUCGGUCUCCACCUCCAUUCAGGAACCGCGACUUCGUCCUCCAAAGAUCGUGGCUACAAACGGAUAAAGAGUGGCUCAUAAUAAAUCAUUCAGUGUUUCACGAGUCUGCACCACCAAAAAAGGGCUUCGUGCGGGCCGUUUCCUACCUGACUGGACUUGUAAUCCAGCCUGAUGGAGGCUGUGGUUCCAAGCUGACCUACGUAACACAGUGUGAUCCCAAAGGUUCACUCCCAGCAUGCUUUGUGAACAAGCUCACUCAAAUUUUUGCUCCAAAUAUGGCAAAGAAGUUGCGAAAAGCUUGCCUGGAGUACAAUGAAUGGAAGAAAGCUCACCAGCCCAGCUACAAGCCUUGGUUGCACCCAGAACAGAUAAGCUUGCCAAGAUUGGACGUGUCCCGCUGCGUGAGUACAGGACAUCAGGAAUUGCAGGAGGACAUUCUGGAUGAAAGUCUCGUUGAGGAGCAAGAGAUAUGCAGUUUUGAGGACCUUGACAACCUGUAGUUGUGCUCAAUGGAGGCCGUCGAUUGGGCUUGGCGCUGUUCGUUGAUGAGGGGUCUGUGUCUAAUCAAGGGCAGUGUUUCUCUUGUCUGCAGCUAUUCGGAACUGUUUAACGAUCUGAUCGUGUAACACCAAAGCAAUACUGAAAGCUACAGUCUACCUGGUGCCUGUUUAUGUAGUUCAGCUUUCUAAAAGCCAAGAAACUGCUCAUAAACAGUCGCUGUUGACGUAAGCCAAAGAUAAGAGUAGCCACUUCUUU